AUGCGCAUGCGGACGCGUAUUGCUGCCUGUCAGUACGCCACUAAUGACGCAAAGCAGCCGGUUAUUCUGCACCAAAAACAUCACACCACCACUCUACUAAUAGCACACUACCACCUCAAAUACCAUCACCAAAACCAUGAAACCGUCAUAAACGAAAUACGGCAGAAGUACCACAUCGCUCAUCUCCGCGCCCGUUACCAGCAAGUCAGGAAGGCCUGCCAACGGUGCAAGAACCAGCACGUUUCGCCUAGUCCACCGUUCAUGGCCGAUCUUCCACCAGCUCGCCUUGCUGCCUUCUCACGACCGUUCACUCAUACGGGGAUGGACUACUUCGGGCCGAUCGAGGUCGUCGUGGGGCGAAGAAUCGAAAAGCGUUGGGGAAUGUUAGCCACCUGCCUGACGGUGCGAGCAAUCCACAUCGAGGUUGUGUAUUCGCUAAGCACAAGCUCAUGCAUAAUGGCGAUUCGCAAUUUCAUUAACCGCCGCGGCACCCCGCAAAGAAUAUACAGUGACCGUGGCACAAACUUCGUGGGUGCAAAUCGAGAGCUGAGGCAGCUCAACGACGCACUCAAUCAACAGGAGCUGAUGAAAGAGUUUGCUAGGAAUGGUAUAGAAUGGACGUUCAACCCACCACUAUCGCCGCACAUGGGCGGCAGCUGGGAGCGACUCAUCCGCACCGUUAAAAAUAACCUGGUGACAGUCUGCUCCGUGAAAAGACCAUCCGACGAAGUCCUUCGCAACCUGCUAUCGGAAGUAGAAAACACCGUUAACUCACGUCCACUGACACACGUGCCGAUAGACGAGGAUUCGGGCCCGGCGCUUACGCCGAAUGAUUUCUUGCUCGGCUCGUCCAAUGGCUCGAAACCGCUUAGUAUUCUCGACGACAGCGGUGCCAUCCUUCGGCAGAAUUGGUGCACGUCGCAGGUUCUAGCGAACCAGUUCUGGAAACGCUGGGUAUCGGAUUACCUGCCUGAGAUUACUCGCCGCACUAAGUGGUUUCGUCACUCGAAACCGAUCGCUGUGGGCGACAUAGUUGUCAUCACCGAUAAUAGCAUGCCCCGUAACUGCUGGCCGAAAGGAAAGAUCAUCAAUACUAAGGUUAGCAAGGAUGGUCAGGUUCGUUGUGCAACAGUGAGAACAGCCAAUGGAGUUUACGAGCGUCCGACAUCGAAGCUCGCCGUGCUAGACGUCCGGUGCGACGGAGAGUAA